CAUUUCCAGAGUUGACCACAAUAAUUGUAAACUGAGCUGUAGCUCCUCUGUGCUCGAUCUAGUGUGUAAUUUAGGAGAGAAAUGAGUUCUUGAAUCUUGAACUGGGGCGGUUCCGAGACUUGAUUGAUCGAUGAGUUCUUCCGUGGAGGUCAAGGAGGCUCCAAUGAGUUCUUGCUUGGGCGCCAUGGGACCCCUCCUCAGGAAGCUGGAUUCACAUCUCAUGGCUGCCCAGCGCGGGCUGCCAGGGCCACUCAGGGAAGGCAUGGAGCUCCUCAAGGAAGAUCUGGAAGAAAUCGGCGCCGCGCUCCUGGAGCAGUCCACGCUAGCUUCGCCAAGCCAGGAGGCAAGGUACUGGAUGGAGGAGGUGCGCGAGCUCUCCUACCACAUCGAGGACUGCGUCGACACCAUGACGCUGAAGCUCUCGAGCACCACCGAUGCGACCACCAUGAGAUCCUUGCGUGGCGUCAGGGUCGGCCGCGUCAAGAGUCUCAUGAUUGGUCGCCGCCGCCACCGCAAGAAGCUGACGCCGUGCGCGAGGAUCAACAAGAUCAUCAGGGUCGCCAAGCUAUGGGAGGUCGGCGAGCGCCGCUGGAUCGCGGAGCUCAGGAAUCUGAUUUCUGAGGCGAAAAAUUGGCGGAAAAGUGCACACGGCCGGGUUCCUCGACGGUAUUGGGUUGCUGCCGAGCUCGUCCGCAUCGCGGAGCUCAGGAAUCUUGUGUGGGGGGCGAGGGAUCGGCACACGAGGUACCGGCUCGCCGACGCCGCCGCCGGCUCUGUCCGAGCGUUCACCGCGGACGGCUGCUGGAUUCAUGCGCCGAUCAGGAGGGUUGCCGCCAAUCUUGUUGCCGUCGACGAGCCAAAGGCGAAGCUUACCGAGAUGCUGGCGGUCACGGAUGAAGCAGAUCGGCGGCUGAAAGUCGUAUGCGUUCUUGGAUCCGCCGGGAUCGGUAAGACGACGCUUGCUGAAGAACUGUACCGCGAACUUGGACGGCAUUUCGAGUGCCGCGCUUUUGUGCGGGUGCCCCGAUCACCUGACAUGGGGAGGCUCCUUGGCGCCAUUCUCUCUCAAGUCCAGCGGCGUCCACAUGCCUGCACGGUGCAGAGCCUCAUUCGUAGUCUCACGAAAUAUCUACGUAAAAAGAGGUAUUUUAUUGUAAUGGAUGAAUUAUGUGAUACAACGACAUGGGACAUUGUCCGCCGUGCUUUUCCAGAGGAUGAUAAUUGCAGUAGAAUCAUGUUUACGACAGAAGUUGAGGAUGUCGCUCUUGAUUGCUGCAGUUACCAGCCUGUCAACAUUUUCAAGAUGGAACCGCUUCGACUCGACGAUUCCGCGAAGCUGUUCUUCGACAGCGUUUUCGGAUCAGAGCAGCAAUGCCCUCCUGAAUUCAGCGAAGUUUCGUAUAGGAUUACAAGAAGAUGUGGUGGCUUGCCACAUGCAGUCAUUAGCAUGGCCGGUCUCGUAGCAUGCCUACCACGCGUAAUAGAGGUAUGGACCAAUGUAGAGAAAUGUCUAUGUUCCAGUGUGUCUACGAAUGGUAAUUUGGAUGUGAUACUGAAAGGAAUUAUAAAACUUAGCUACGAUGGUCUUCCUCAUUACUUGAAGACAUGUCUGUUGUAUCUUAGAUUGUAUCCAGAUGGAUCCAUAAUUUCGACGGCAGAUUUGUUGAAGCAAUGGAUAUCCGAAGGUUUCGUCCCUGUCAUACAUGGAAAAGACACAGAGGAAAUUGCCGAGAGCUAUUUCUAUGAGCUUGUUAACAGGGGAAUGAUCCAAGGUGUGCAAGUGAAUUACAGCAACCAGGUGCUGUCCUGUACUGUGCACCGCACUGUGUUUGAUCUGAUCAUUCACAAGUCCAAAGAAGAGAAAUUUAUCACCGCAAUAGAUUACUCCCAAACUGUUCCAGGAAAUUCUUCAAACGCUGGUCGACUGUCACUCUUCUUCACCAAUGCCAGAUAUGCAACUGAAGCAGCAGGUUUAACCCUUUCGCAUGUUCGUUCAUUUGCCUUCUAUGGACUCGUCAAGUGUAUGCCUUCCAUUUCGGAAUUCAAGUUCCUACGGGUUCUGGUUCUUGAAUUUUGGGGAGAUCACACUGGAUGCACAAGUUUCAACGUCGCAAGAAUUUGCACAUUGUUUCAGCUGAGAUAUUUGAAGAUCUCAAGUGAGAUAGCCAUAGAAUUACCACCGAAGAUGAGUGGGCUAGGGUACAUGGAAACACUGGAGAUAGAUGCAGAAGUGACUGGAGUUCCAUCAGAUAUUGUUCAUCUCCCGGGUUUGUUGCAUCUCCAAUUUCGAGAUGGGCUCAAGCUACCUGACGGCAUUGGCUGCAUCAAAUCUUUGCGUACACUUAAGUAUUUUGAUGUUGGAAACAACUCUGAAGAAACUGUACGGAGCCUUGGUGAGCUGACGAAUCUACGGGAUCUUCAUCUCACUUGUUCUGCAGAAUCAUCAAAACAGCAGGCGAAGAGAAACCUUUCAAUUCUUGCCUCGUAUACCGGCAAACUGAGUAACCUUAAAUCGAUCAAUUUUUCUCCUGGUAAUUCAGGCAUGGGCAAUUCCUUUUUCUUCUAUAAAAUGGAUAUGUCGGUUGAUCGUUCCAGGACAGCAUCGUUUCUUCCCGUCUCUGUUAGGACACUUGAAUUGUUGCCAUCUAUUUGCAUAUUUUCCAGACUUCCCAGCUGGAUUGGUCAACUCCAUAAACUCCACACAUUGAAUCUUGCUGUUAGAGAAGUGACAGGAAAUGAUAUUGAUGGUCUCACAGGACUGCCUGAACUCACAGUUCUCUCAAUGCAUGUCAUCAAAACUCCAAUGGAAAGGAUUGUCUUCAAGAGGAAAUCGUUCCAAGUUCUCAAGUAUUUCAGAUUUAUAUGUGGCACACUUCGCUUGGCUUUUCAGGCAGGAGCCAUGCCCAAUCUUCACAGACUCAAGCUAGGUUUCAAUGCCCAUAACGGGGAGAGGUAUGGUGAUAUUCUUGUAGGUAUUGAGCACCUGUUCAAUCUCAAGAAGAUUACAGUGCGAAUUGGUGGCGCUGCUGAAGCCAUGGAGUCCGACAGAAUGGCCGCAGAAGCUGCCGUGAAAGAAGCCAUUAGAAAGCAUCUAAAGUCUCUUGAUUAUCUCGACAUCGCAAGGGUACAUUGCAUCAGGGAAGAGUAUAACCGUGAGAUCAAGAUUGAAGACUCAAUUAGCGAAAAACAUGGAGAUUCACAAAAGCAACAUUCCGUUGAAAAGAAAGCAGUGCCUGGCAAAAGUAUGAAGAAUAUUGCUGAUAGUGGGGCGGACGACAGGGCCAAGCAAAUCAGCAGCAGGAGUAACAGUGUUGCUGUGGACUACGAUGAGCUUGGCAGGGUGGGCACCUCCAAGAUACACGACCACUACUACUUGUCUGAACUUGCUCCGUGUACCGUGGAAAACGAGAGGUCUGGAUCUGCAGGCGAUCUCUGCCUGAUGGUACAAAUGGACAAGUAUACUCGGCGUCUGCCGUCCUACGAAUGGAGGGACGCCGAUAUGUCCAAGCUGAAUUUCCGGCUUCUCCGCACGCCGGUUUUACUUGGAGCUGUGACCACCCGUCGCCACUUAAUCCUCACGGCAUCAAACAACCUGACUGUUCUCGACCUGCGAGGUUCCUCGAUCACGGAAGUGCCAGAAUCUAUAGAAUCUCUAUUUAUAAUCUUCGGUGUGAUUAAGUCGCAGCCGGAGCCUACUGCGAAGACGUCUGCCAUCACUACGUGGGACAUCAAGAAGACCAACACAGAACUGGGGCCACCACAAGGCAUUUCGAGGAUGAACAACAAGAGGUACCCACGUCCCCGUCGUUACAAUACUCUGACAAGCGUAUGGGUUAUGGAUGGAUCUGAUUCAGAGGGGCCGUUUAACAUAUGGAUGAAUCAAUCAGAUAUACAAGACGAGGAUGAUAUGCUUGGAGUAAUUCUGAAUUAAUACUUAAUCUAAUCUUAGGGUAUGCAUGAUCACCUAGGUCGCGUUCGCCACCGAUCCUAA